AUGAGUUUAUUACAAAACAAUCGAUUUCGUCUUUUAAUUCUUGGUAUUAUAAUUAUAUUUCUAAUCAAAUUUAAUUUUACUGAUAAUAAAAUACAAAAUAAAAAUAACGUCCAACAAAAAGAAAACUUAUGUAAUCGAUCAAUGAUUGAAAGUGAUCAAUUGAUAUGUGAAUCAGAUGAAAAAUGGCAACAAAGACGUGACUUUUAUUCACAACAACAUGAUAAAAAUAUUUUGACAAUGAAUGAAUAUGAAAAUUAUUUUUAUAAAAAUUGGUUUCCAGAAUUUCAAUGUCAAAAUGAAAUACGACUUGGCCAAGGUGAUGGAGGCAAAUGGGUAAAAUUUUAUACAAAAUUUUGUGUUGAUAAUCUCUGA